AUGUGCAUGACGAGUCCUAUCGAAAAUGUCUACGCGGAUCUGUUCAACGGAAGCCUGAAAUCUGUUGUUCGUGCAGAGUUGUACAAGCUGAAUGUAUGUGGACCAGGAUCGUUGUUCAAGUCGCACGUGGAUAUGCCUCGGCGUGAGAAGAUGUUCGGUUCUCUCGUCGUCGCCUUCCCGACCCCUCACGAAGGCCGUGCGCUGGUGUUGCGGCAUGAGGGUCAAUCAUGGACCUUUGACCCUGGAGAGAUUUUUCCUAAGUCUGAAAAAUAA